AGGAUCGAAUCGCUUUGUGGACUUUCACGAAAGCGCUAUGUAUCAAUAGUGACACUUAUUUUAUCACGAAAAAUUGAAAAUGGACAGCAUCUACUUCCGAAGUCCGGUGCAACAGCAAAACACGCCGGGUUCGGCUUCGCAUUCCCAGUGGCUUUCGCCCGCAUCGUCCGCCAACGACGACAAGGCAGCAGAUGCUAGCUGCAGUGGUGCGUUUCAAACUCCCGCUGACAAUGUAGAGCCGGCUGAAGUUGUUCUUGCUGACUUAGCUCGACUGAAAAAAGUAAGCAGAAAGCUGAUCGAAGAGAGAAGAGGAACGGAUGCGGGGCUGUUAAACCCGCACAAGUCAUCGCAUUCGGAAAAAACAAGCGGGACCAACUUCUAUUCGGCGUCUCCAAAUACAACUCUUCUCCGGAAUAAAGUAGAUACCAUGAUGCGGUUUGGUGGAUUGGAGAGUUCCUGCUUUGCCCUUGCUUUGCUUUAUGCACUGCAAAAGUAUCGUACUACGUAGUAAUUGCAAUACAAAUUCGCUCAGCAUUACUACAAAUGGAAUUUCUCUUGCUGAUUUGCCUUGGGAAGGAGAUUUGUAAUGCAUGACCGCGAUAAUUACUACGAAUGCGAUACUUUUUCACAGGAUAUGUUUGUCCGACGGGAAAUCAACGCCAUCGCGGAUCCGACAUUGCGAACGCUAGUCAUGUAUGCAUUGCAAAAGUAACGUUCUUAGUUUAAAUUGCAUUUAUUUUGCAAAUUGACUUAGCAUGACAAACUUGAUUUGUAAUGUGGGUUUGCCUAGAAAAAAAACAGGGUAGUGCGAGUACGAUACUUUUGCAGUGGAUAUCAUGAACGCCGACAGUUUGGCCUCCGACAGGCUGAAGCAAACACGUGCCGCCGCCUCUGGUUUCUCUAGUAGCACAGCAACAAGUAGGAGUCUUCAGCAACCGGAGAACAAAACAAGCAAGAUUGCUCUCUCCCUCCAUCUGUCGUUUUUUGUGGACACGAACCCACACGGAUCUUUCCUUGCGUAUGGGGUUCUCAAACGUUACAUUCUCAGCUGUUACAUGAAUUUGUCAUGCAAAAGCACUAUCGUCAUCCGAUCCAGACGAUCAAGCUGCUUCGCAUGACAAAUUUGCGAAGGGCUGAACAGUGCCUAAAUCUGUGCGAAAUUUGUAAUGCUAAAUGUGCAGCGUCCCCCCUUUGACUUUUGCUAUUCUUGCAUUACAAAUUUAUGUAACAGUUGAGAGCGUAACAGUUGAGAACGCCAUAUUGCGCACUACCGCAGCCAGCUGCAUCCUUGGUUACGCAACCGAGGCUUUCUGUACCAGCAAGAGGAGCAGUAUGGGAGUGUCAGGCUCAGGAUUGAAAUCGUCAGAGUUGAAAUAGUUUGUCACGCAAAAAAUGCAGCCCACAAAGUGCCUGGCUUGCAGAGUAGGCAAGUGAGGCAGAUUGUAAGCCUGUUGCGGGGUAGAAAUAGAGCUGCGAAAGUAGCAUGACAAAAGGCGUCUUCCUUACCCAAACAGCACUACAAACUGGAUUUCGGCUCUACCCAUAUUUGUCAUGCACGGCUUAGAAAUUGGUCUUCCAACUGGUAUCCAUUUUAUACAUGACAAAUCAUUUCUUUUCAACUUUGUCGAUUUCAAACCUGACGCUUCCAUAAGCAGCAGUCUUCGCAGGAGGUGGAGGAAGCGGUGGCGGAUUUUUACGACAUCCUCCCGGCUUAUGGAACUGUCAGAUCGAAAUCAACAAAAUCGAAAUGAUUUGUGAUGCAUAAAAUCGAUACCAGUUGGAGCCACAGUUUUCAAGUGGUGCAUGACAAACUUCGGGAGCGCCAAAAUCCACUCUGUCAUGCUGUUUGGGCAAAGAAGACGGCUUCUGUACUGCUACCCUGGCAGCGCAUCGUCUUCCCCGAAGCAGUCUUGGAAUCGGUCUCAUUUGCCUACGCCCCAGCACAGACCUUGCGCGCCCUACAUUUCAUGCAUUACAAGUUUUUCGAUUUUGUCGAUUCCGAUCCUGACACCCCCAUACGGCUUGCAGACGGCUGUUCCACUUGUUUCAUCCCGAAGCGAAAAGCAUCCCAAAUGCGUGGCUGCCUGGUGUGAAUCUGUAUCCGAAGGAGUGGCAGGAGAGCUGGGAUCUGCAAGAGAAAAGGAGGAAGCAUCUUAGAAAUGCGGGUGAAGUUGAUACAUCACUUUUGAUGCAGCAACAUCUAGUGCAUCAUCAACGGGGAGAACAACCGGAACGGGAACCAUUUGCAACACUAGAGACGGACGGAAGCGGAACAACAACAGCACAGGCAGGAGCAAAUAAAAUAGCAGAGUUUUACGGUCCCACGUCUUCUGAUGAAGACUCUUCGUCUUCCUUAUCUUUAGCCGAAGAACAACGGCGCAACGAGGAAGUGACAAGAAUUCCGCAUCAAGAAACGGGACCGUACUAUGCUCCUCCGUCUUCCGGGAAGAACGACGACCCAGAUUACUACGAUGCAACGUUAGAACAACAAGUAGAUGCAGAGGUGGACAAGUUUAUCUCGACAACUUUGAUGUGGUCCGCGGCACUGAAAAUCAGAAAAAAAAUCAACGAAGUUACGGACCCGAAAUUGCGCCUCGUGUUGAUGACGCAAGAUUUGAUCGGACCAAAAUCCAACUUUUACAACAUCGCGGCGAAGGGCAUUCUGGUAGAAAAAGCGCUGAAUUGGCAACUGGUACCUGAGUUCUGCCAGCGAAGUAGAACGGCAAGCGCUUACAACUGGGACUGUUAUUUCAUCGCAGCGAGGCUUCGGCACGAAGCGGGUAAGUGGAUGAAAACGCACGGGUACGACGCAGAUUUGAGUCCUAGUGAACACGAAAAAUUCCUUCAACUUCUACCCGUCGCGCGAGCGGCCGCGGAUCAUUGGACUAGUAGUACUGCAUCAACAUCAUCCACGGAGAAUGAGAAUGACGAGGCGGGUUCUGGUUUGGGGGGCUUCUCUACUACUUCCGCAACACAGCAAAGAAUGCAGCUCCUAAUUGACCAGCAUGCGGAACAGUGGGCUUGUAGCCUGGAACUGGAGGAGCUGCUCGCCCAAGUGCUGGCGCAGGAUGUCGUCGGCGGGAAUAGUUAUAGUAGCUCUUCACUCUAUAGUUUGCCGACAGAGCUGCAUCAGCAGCAGUUGCGGAGCCACGAUGAGACCACUGGGAGGAUCAUGACCCAGCAAGAUCGCAACCGCGAAGUUGGAAGAGAACUUAUCCUGAGUAAAAAUGUCCCCACACCAGAGUUGUCAUGUGAAUCUGCAUGCCAAAAAAGUUUCUCAUGCUGAGCCCCAUGAGAGGCAUUUUCUAGUCGUGUUUUGCGAUUUGUGAUGCUAUAAUCAGCAUGAUAUGCUAGAUCUGUGAUGCUGCUGAACUACCUAAACAGGAUCGCACUACAAGGACAAACUUGUCAUGCGAAACAGCCAAAGCUGGUUGAUUUGUCUAGCAGAUUUACCAUCUUGACUCUGGGGUGGGGACGUUUUUACUCAGAAUAGAACUUCUCUCUGGAGAGCAACAGAAACAAGCAGACACCAUGGGGUCAAGCUUCUGUACUUCGGAGAGACAAGAACAAAUGACCCCCCAAGAAGACCACGAGGGGGUUUCGGAUUGGAAAAACAAGCAGCGCGAGAAGUACAAAAUCAAGCGUGCGGACGCGUUUGUCGCUCAGGAUAUGGCUAAAGCGCGGCGAUUCGCGCAGCUUCUCAAGGACUUGGAUGAAGAUGUUGACGAGGCGGACUGAUAAAAGAAUUUUUGGACGAGCGUCUGAGUCUAUGAAUCCAAUUCUAGUUGUAGAGAAUCCUCCAUCUUCCCUCGGAACACGAACACUUCACCGUCGUGUCCUUCCAAUAACCCUGUUAAAAUUUCCAAGAAACUACUCUUCGUUAGGAAGCGCAACCGCAAACAUUGCUGACAGAACUUUCAAAGAAACAGAAAGUAACGACCACGAGACAGAGACUUGGAACGAUGUACAAUUUCAUCAAGAAAUCGGCUGCGGACGUCCUGGCGUGACGUUGUGAAAGCAAAACUCGUACGUAUUUCAUUACGAUUAUAUAUGCGACACGUCUGUGUCGAAACAGAAGUCGCGCAAGGAGUG